AUGUGGAGGAAGUUUUUGGAAUUUGAUCGAGAUGUUAUUCGAAGUGGAUGGAGAAAAAUGGUAUGGAAGUUACAGAAGACGUUAGGAUUGGAUGCAAAUUGGCCAGUGUUGUGGACUGAAAGCAAACUGAAAUCUUUACCCUCUCAACAGUUCAUCGAAACAUUGACUGGAAAGCAACAUGAACAACUUACGAGCAUUAUUACGGAAGUACAGUUGCUGUCUCGUUGUUACAAUUAUUUUCCCGAACACUUGUCAGAUGCAGAUUGGAAAAGAUUGCUUCAAUGUGAAACUCAAAAGCAACGGUUCAAUCAUAUUAAAUUUUGUCGUCAGAAAGAAUUAAAGGAGUUGAAAUGUAAAACAAAGCAUCAGUUGAAGGUUGUUAAGAAGUUCGAAACUUCAAAACCCACAUCAGGAUUCGCAAUGUUUGUGGGUGCCACACAUUGCAAACGCAUUGCUAAUCAUCGAAGAUUGAUGAAUCAUCUCCAUAAUCUUCAAUUAGACCCAAAGCCUGCAUUGCUGAUUGAUUGUCGAUUUCUAAAUGAACUCUCGCCGCAAGCUUUAUCCCAAACUUUAAUCCAGCUUUCCUAUUUGGCAAGUGAAAACCGAGAUCGGCGACGUCCAUGGCCCCUUUAUUUCUUUAAUUUUGAUAUGAAGGACGAAAACAUCUUGGAAGCACAAUAUAGGUAUUUAUCAUUGGCCAAUUCACCACGAAAUAUAUCCCUCACAGUCUCAUCAUCCAGCUACCUAAAUCAUUUUUCCCGUGAAGAAAUAAUUUAUUUAAGUCCUCAUGCAGAACUUGAUUUGGAGGAGGUGGAAGGCUCGAAAGCAUAUGUUUUGGGUGGUAUAGUAGAUAGAGUUGCGCAACACCGUUUGCAUCCACAUGCAACAUUGCUGGCUGCAAAGCAAGAUGGAGUCAAAGUGUGCCGGCUUCCUAUCGAUAGAUAUAUCAAAUGGAAAUCAGGUUCAAGAAGUAUGACAUUGCUUGCGGUUACAUCAAUUCUGUACAGUGUAUAUGAAUCUUCCGGUGAUUGGGAACGUGCUUUUAGGAAAUAUAUUCCGGUAAGAAAUAUCAGAGGACCAGAAGAGAAGAAUCUCUACAGUCGACGUUUGCAUAGAUAUAUACAUGAUUAUGAGAGACGCCUACUACUGGAACUUAAUCAGAGAUUGUAA